GACGGCGGCGACGGCAGCCCCUGGCCCGGAGCUCUCUUCCCUCUACCCCGGAUCUGCUCCUAGAACCGAACGAGCCAGUGAGGAAAAGAAGCAAUGAAAAAAAAGAAAAUGAGAUCCUCUGGUCUCUGUCACCUUUUUAUCAACUUGUACUACCUGCCAUUAUCUGACACCCACAUCUUUUCUUGAAUCUGCCUCCUCCUAUGGGACAGCGACAUUUUCUGAAGUUGCAGAUGAUGGAGAAAAUUUUUUAAAAGAAAAAAAGGGGGCAGGGGGAGGGAAGCCCAGAGUUUGGCCAAAUCCACAUUUUUCAAGUUCCUGCUUGAGCUUAGAUUCCCUUUCCGCUUUAAGGACAUGCCCUCUGGAAAGAAGGGUGUUUUGUUUCCAGCCCACACAGACUCAAACUUUUUUCAUCACGUGCCUGGUCCGAGCCAGUACGCAGCUCUGUAAUGAGAUCACCAUGGCCAACCUCCCACCCGAGCAAAAACAAGGUUAGCCUGCAACAAAGCCGCAGCAGCAACAGCCACCAAAGCGGGGGCUGAAAGGGAAGAGAACUUAGAUUUGACCUGUGCAAGGACCUCAGCAGCUUGGACACAGCCCACUGCAGAGAUGAAAGGAGAAGCUGGACAUAUGCUACACAAUGAAAAGUCAAAGCAGGAGGGACACAUCUGGGGCUCUAUGAGGAGGACAGCUUUCAUCCUGGGCUCUGGACUUCUCUCAUUUGUGGCCUUCUGGAACUCAGUGACAUGGCAUCUUCAGAGAUUUUGGGGUGCUUCUGGCUACUUCUGGCAAGCCCAGUGGGAGAGGCUGCUGACUACAUUUGAAGGGAAGGAGUGGAUCCUCUUCUUUAUAGGUGCCAUCCAAGUGCCUUGUCUCUUCUUCUGGAGCUUCAAUGGGCUUCUAUUGGUGGUUGACACAACAGGAAAACCUAACUUCAUCUCUCGCUACCGAAUUCAGGUCGGCAAGAAUGAACCUGUGGAUCCUGUGAAACUGCGCCAGUCUAUCCGCACAGUUCUUUUCAACCAGUGCAUGAUAUCUUUCCCCAUGGUGGUCUUCCUCUAUCCCUUCCUCAAAUGGUGGAGAGACCCCUGCCGCCGUGAGCUACCCACCUUCCACUGGUUCCUCCUGGAGCUGGCCAUCUUCACGCUGAUCGAGGAAGUCUUGUUCUACUAUUCACACCGGCUCCUUCACCACCCAACAUUCUACAAGAAAAUCCACAAGAAACACCAUGAGUGGACAGCUCCCAUUGGCGUGAUCUCUCUCUAUGCCCACCCUAUAGAGCAUGCGGUCUCCAACAUGCUACCGGCGAUAGUGGGCCCAUUAGUAAUGGGCUCCCACUUGUCCUCCAUCACCAUGUGGUUUUCCUUGGCCCUCAUCAUCACCACCAUCUCCCACUGUGGCUACCACCUUCCCUUCCUGCCUUCGCCUGAAUUCCACGACUACCACCAUCUCAAGUUCAACCAGUGCUAUGGGGUGCUGGGUGUGCUGGACCACCUCCAUGGGACUGACACCAUGUUCAAGCAGACCAAGGCCUACGAGAGACAUGUCCUCCUGCUGGGCUUCACCCCGCUCUCUGAGAGCAUCCCAGACUCCCCAAAGAGGAUUGAGUGAGAGACGGCCUAAGUGUCAUCCUGGCUGUCCCUCAGCCAUGGGAUGCAGACACGGCUUCCUGAUUGCACCUAACAAUUUGCCUCCUUCGGCCACACGCCCUAAUGAUGGCACCACCAGGGUAGAGGGAAGGUCGGCUUCCCGGAAAAGCAGGGCCAAGGAUGAGGCUUUCUCCAAACUACUGCCCUUGAUGUCCCUCAAUGGGAUCAGGAGUUAGCUUAAGAAAAAGGAAAACACAGCUCCCCAGACUGGAGGCUGGUCAGAGGGAGGAGACCCCUGGUCCUCUGCUGUGGAAGGAGAGGGGUUCAGCCCCAGAUAACUCCUUUGUGGCCUGGGCAGGAUGCAGAGAAUGACAAGGCUGAAAGGAGGGGGACUGGAGGCUGCCUGGCUCCAGCAAGAGCUCCUUCUGGGACCAGAGGGUGGGACGGCCGGGUAUCACUUUGCCCCUUCCUGCCCCAAAAGGCUUUCACAUACCCCACUCAGGCCAGAGCCAAGCCACCCUGGCAAAUCAUUAUAGGUCUCAAUUCAUGACAUACCAGAUGCCAGUCGCCACUUCACCCAACACACACAUAAACAUACACACACCAAACACUCUGAGAGAGUGGUAAAGGCCCCGUUUUAACUCUGGCCUACCGCAAACAAAAGGUUUCCCUCUGUGGGGGAGAAAAAAAAAUCCAGGAGCUCCUCCCUGGAUUAAAACCAAUGAGGUGCAGACCAAACUUUAACACCUUUAGCCUUAUGUGGAAACCAAAAACCAACUGCCGGGAAACUGUGAAAAGCCCUUUUACCCACAAGGGGAGGGGUCAAAGUUGCUGCCCUUUGGGGACACCCGAGACCCCUAAUUAGCCUAUCUGAAUGAGGACCAAAGGUUAGAACCCUCUUUCUCCCCGAAGAAAGAGCCUGGAAAAACAUGGCCGAGCAAAGGGCAAAAUCCUUUCUCCCCCGAAUGCUUUACCAGUUUCUCAGCAACAUUUAUUCAAGAUGAUUUUUACCAGGAACCUUAUCAAAGGCAAAACCACAGCUGCUUGGGUUGAAGUCCCCAUCCUGGCCUCCUCUCAGCCACCAGAUAUGGCCAGGAACCCUGUGGUUCCCAAGAACAAUUUAAAGAUCACUCUUUGAUUUGAAAGACCACCAUUAUCAUUUUACUAAAUUCUUAUAUAUACUUGUGCCUUUUCCAACUUUCAGUUCUCUUAAGAAAAACAUCCACUGUAGCUUUAUAAAAUACCUUAGUAUCAGCUAGGUCCAAGUCUCCAGGCAGGACUAUCAAAAUGGACUCCUUCUUCCUAUCAGUUCUAGAACCCCAGAGGACUUGCCCAGUAGGCCAGCUGAGCACUUACCAGGCAGCAUCUCCCUGGCCUUCCACAGUCUCGCCUGUCUGUCUCUGGCCUUGGUGGAACUGGCUCCCUCCCUAGGAGACUUUUGCCCUCAGCUUGAAUACAGUUCCUGGUGCAUCAAAGCUGUAAGUUCUCAGCUGCUGGCCUGCACUCAUCACCUCUUCCUACAAGUAAACAUUUGGAAAAAAGUCCAUCUUCAAUAUGCUUAAAGAGAAGGGUAGGAGAUAAGGAGAAAGAACAGAUACGGUUUUUUUCCCCUUUAAGGCCUUUAGAUUUUGAGGUACUGUAAGGGGCCUAGAAGGACAAAAGGCUGUCAUUCCCUCUUCCUUUUGGCAGGCAGGUUAUCAAUCCUUGGCAGAAGGGCCCAGCCCUAUCCUUUUCUGUAUCAAACAAAAUCCUUGAGGUUGGUAUACAAGUUAAGGCUGAAAAAAGGCCUUAAAUUCCCAGUAAAGAACGUGAAAGCAAGCAUGUAAAAUAAACUCGUCUUCAUGAA